CUCAGCUUCAACUAUUAUCCACAGAGCACAUAUAUACGCUGAUACUUAAAGAUGGCCGGAGCAACCAGUAUGACCAGCUCAAAGUCCCUCGCCGACCAAGACGGGGAUAAUGAAACCCUCGAGACCUUUAGAACUCCUUCGGUUAUCACUCCUUUUCCUGGUCCUAAAGUCAUGGACUUACCUAUGUUUCAAGGUACGCACAAGGCGGACUUGUAUUGGGGAACUUACCGUCCUCAGGCGUAUUUCGGAGUUCGCGCUAGAACUCCUAAAUCUCUCGUCGCUGGGUUGAUGUGGCUCGUUACCAGAGAUGGGAAGCCUGUGGUGAGGCAUUUCUGUGAAAACAAAGACAAGGGCGGUCUUAAGUCAUUUGGCUGGAAAGAACACAAUGGAAUAGAUUUUGGGAGGCAAGACCUGCUUGAAUCCGAAUUGGAAUUGACGACAAGUUUUGUCAAGUCUAAGGUGGGCAACCUUGGUUAUGGAGGGGAUUGGUCAGUUCGAAUUAAUGUUAAAAAUUUAUGGGCGGAGGGUGAUGAAGAAAUGAAAGGCGCGAAUCUCUUCUUCUAUAUAGCUGAUCAUGAAGUUCCCAAUAAUGAUCUAAAUUUAGGGCUAAAAGGGAGUACUACCCUGGCUUCCGGUUCACGUGCAGAUGUAGGAAACUGGCAGUUGCACUUAAGAUCAAAGGAUAAGCUUGAUCAACAUUAUUGUGGUUUCAAGACGCCCAACUCUGUGAUCAAUCUGUCUGAACUUGUUGUGAAAAAUCUCAACGGAGGACAUGCGCUCUCUAACACAGUGGAGCCUGAUUCCAACGUUUAUGUCUUUCAGAUUUCCACGAUGAACCAGAUCCAGACUGCUACUAUAGAUAUUGCCUUUAUCUCUGGCUUAGAAGAAGAAACUUCCGACAUGGAGAAGCGUAUAGAUGAUCUUACAGAUGUGCCACUCUCUACUAUCCUUUUAGAGAAAGAGAAAGCAUUUGAUAAAAAGUUCAAGGAAUGCUACAACCUUUCUGGAGAGGUUGAAACCAACAAUUUGGUGGUUGGUAAAGCUGCAAUAGCAAACAUGCUUGGAGGCAUUGGUUACUUCCAUGGCGCAUUAAAAGUAUCAUACAAAAUAUUCCACCAAGAUCACUUGUACUAUUUCCCAACUGAACUGUACACAGCAGUUCCAUGCCGACCCAAAUUUCCAUGGGGGUUUUUGUGGGAUGAAGGUUUCCAUCAAAUGUUGAUCUGGCGAUGGGAUCUCCACACAAGCUUGGAAAUCGUUGGACACUGGUUAGACCUAAUGAAUAGUGAAGGAUGGAUUCCACGUGAGCAACUUUUGGGCGCUGAAACACUGAGUAAGAUUCGUCCGGAGGAUCCCAUCAUCAUUCAGGACCCCAAGAUUGCCAAUCCACCUACACUAUUGUUGGUGUUAUGCGAUUUGAUCACUAAGAUACAUACAAAGAAAUUUGACGCGAACGAGGCCAGUCAAAUCGCGGAAUUCCUAAAGGGGGCUUUCCCACGGUUAGAAGCAUGGUUCCAUUGGUUAUAUACUACCCAGAAAGGGAAGAUCGAAGGAAGUUUCUAUUGGCGUGGCAGACAGAAAACAUCUGGAGAACGUAACCCACGUACUCUGGCCUCGGGCCUUGAUGAUUAUCCUCGGGCUUCAGACCCAAGUGAAGAUGAGAUGCAUGUUGACCUCAGAUGUUGGAUUUAUCUUGCGGCAGAUUGCAUGAACUUCAUCACAGAAUUUCUCAAGGAAAAACCAACGGAAGAUUACAGCAAAAUUGCCAUGCAGCUUUCAGAUAUCAGUAAACUUAAUAAGCUGCACUAUGACCGUGACUAUGAGACUUACCUCGACUUCGGUAAUCAUACAGAAAAAGAGACUGUUGAGAAGCCAACACCAAGAAAAGUUCCUCACGUCGGUUACGUCAGCUUAUUUCCCUUAAUAUCUAAAAUCAUCCCACCGAAAUCCCAAAUCCUUGACCAACAGCUCACUCUCAUUUUAGACGAGGACAAGCUAUGGAGCCACUACGGACUACUUUCACUUUCCAAAGAAAGCUCAUUGUACAUGAUACCAAAUGCUACGGACCAGACACCAUAUUGGAGAGGUCCCAUAUGGAUAAACUUGAACUACUUGAUUCUUGCUUCCCUGUACCAUUACUCUAAAGAGGAUGGACCGUACAGCAUCAGGGCAAGAGAUACCUACACCAGACUAAGGAAAAAUCUGAUAAGCAAUGUGGUUAGAAACUAUGAGCAGACGGGAUACAUCUGGGAACACUAUAAUCAAACAAAUGGAUCCGGAGAAGGUGGACGUGACUUUACUGGAUGGUCUGCACUUAUCCUCUUAAUCAUGUCCGAGGAUUACCCUCGUCGUCUUUAAAAGACCCUCCUGAUGAUUGCAAAUCUUGGCUUUCAUACCCGGCUCGUGCUUGAUAAACAAAAUAAGACGUUUCAUUACUUUUUCUUCCUACUAGAAUUUCUAUUACCUGAUUUAAGAAAUUCUGUGUUGUUUUCACUUCCCUUUUUUUUCCAGAGUGUUUUUGCUUAUAUAAAUAAAUAAGAAUGAGAGCUCGUUUGUGAGACUCAUCCUAAAACGAGAGUUUAAGGGUGAGAACUUAGUUCUCUUGGGUGUGUUCUGUUUCUGUACUUGCUAAACUUUGAUCAGAUUUAAAUAAAGAGAGUCUUGGGUUUUCAUUCUUAAGUUUGUGCUUCUAUAUUUUUAUUUUUUGGUCUAAGAAAUCAUUAUCAC